UCAAAAGUUUAAAUAUGUAAAAAAAUCUUGUGGUAAGUUGGAGUAUAAUCGAAUGCGAUGAUAAGAUGAGAAUGUUGAUAGUGAAAAGUUGUGUAGUUAUCGUUGGAAGAAACUGAGAUUGAAAGAAAAAGAAAACAUUGUACAGAAACUUCUUUGAUAAAAAAACAAUAAAAUUGUGUAAAUAAAAUAAUUGAUUAAUUUAAGAAUUUCAAUGUAAAACUAGUAAAUUUAUUUGACAUAUAAAAUUUUAAUCGAUUAUAGAUAUCCUUCUUUUGAACAUUCUCAUUCUCAAGAUGUGAAGAUAAGCAUUAGAUCAGAAAAAUCAUCAAAUAUUUUGUUUGUUAUUCAAAGAAUAAAACAGAAUUUUUUAGAUGUUAUGUAAGAACUAUCUGAUCAGCGUGAACAAUAUUAUAUUUUGUUUAAUUGAUUGAUUGCGAAAAAAAUUCUUAGUUAAAUCUAAUCAUUUAGAAGUUUUUCUCUCUCAUUCUUCACCGGUCAGAUUCUGUUUCGAAUUUUUAAGUUUCAUGUAAAAGUCAAACAUUGCUGUACAUGUCAAUCAAACUAUUUUAUCAGAUUCUCUUCGAUACUGUUGGACCUGCAUAAUGUUUUCUCUUUUCAAAAUAUCAAAAAUAAACAUUAUUACAGAAAAAAUUCAAUUCAUUUCAAAUACUUUGUGGUUAAGAAACAGUUUUUUAACUUUUUAAAUGCAAAUUACCAGUUCAGUAGGUUAAAGGCGUAUAUUUAAAGUAAGAAGAAAAUCCUAUUCAAUAAGACUUGCAUCUCUGAUACUCACGAUAUAUUAAAUUGAUUUUAUUGCUCAUUUAGUCAAUACUUUAUCCGUUCUCCAAAAUACCUAUUUAUCAUCAUUGACUAAGAAUAAUCAAAUUUAUUACCGAGACUGUGACAAACAAAAUUUGUAUUAUGAAUCCAUUCAAGUGAAGGUGAUCGAAACUGGUUAUUACACUUUUCGUAGUAGUGGUGACAUUGAUUCAUAUGGAUCUAUUUACAAAAACAAAUUUGAUCCACUUGAUCCAUCAGAGAAUUUGCUUAAAACAGAUGACGACAGCGGUUCUGAUACUCAGUUCAAACUUGAUGUUCAUCUUGAUGUUGACAUGAUAUACGUAUUGGUUAUGACAACAUUUGAUUCAAAAGAAACUGGAGAAUUUUCGAUCGGUGUGUUGGGUAAAAAGAAAGUUAUUCUGGAACGUCUUAGUACUCCAGUAAACAUUCAAUUAAUAUAUUCAUCAAAAUUAACUGAUAAUAGCCCAACAUAUUAUCGAGAUUGUCAAGUACCACAAUGUCAUUAUGAAACUUUACAAAUUCAUGUUAAUACAACGGGUCCAGAACAAACUAGUUGCGUGAUUGGUGAUCAAUGUAACUUUUACAUCAAAGGAAUUGGUUUGACACUCGAUGAUAUUUUACGCGAUCAACUUCAACUAAAUACAGCGUUGAAUAAUCAAUCAUUUUCGAUUAAAUUAAGUGCGGGCUUAGCAAUAAUUAUGUUCAUCGCAGGAUUAAUCAAUAGUAUUCUCUCUUUUAUCACAUUUCAAAGUAAAGAUGCUCAACAAGUUGGAUGUGGAAUGUAUCUAAUAGCAUCAUCAAUUACUUCUCUUUUAACAAUUACGAUGUUCAUAAUCAAAUUCUGGUUUGUUGUUCUUACUCGUAUUAAUGUAUCUACUAGUCUCUCUGUUCUUCGUAGAGGUUGUGUAUCUAUUGAGCCUAUUCUAAAACUUUUUCUCUACUUGGAUGGUUGGCUUAAUGCUUGUGUAGCAGUUGAACGAGCAGUACUUAUUCUUAAAGGAGUAAACUUUGAUAAGAAAAAGAGCAAAUCUAUUGCUCGACGAACAAUUCUUAUUUUACCAUUCUGUAUUUUCGGUACACUUAUUCACGAGUUUGUCUUUCGCCGAUUGUUCGAAUAUGAAACAGCACCAGUUACAAAUAAGACUAAUGAAGACACAAUCAAACGAUAUGUAUCAUGCAUUACUCGAUAUUCUCCAUCUGUCCAAGAUUACAAUACAGCCAUCCUAUUUUUUCAUCUUGUUGGUCCAUUUAUUGUCAAUCUUUUCUCUGCAUUGUUCAUCAUCCUUGGAGGUGCUCAUCAACGAUCAAUAACACGAACUAAUCAAAGUUUUAAAGAACAUGUUCAAGAGCAAUUCCGUGAACAUAAACAAUUGAUCAUUAGUCCAAUAGUUUUACUCAUUUUAUCAAUACCUCGUCUCAUCAUUUCAUUACUUCCUGGUUGUGCGAAAACAUCUGAGAACUUGUGGUUGUAUCUUGGAGCAUAUUUCAUUUCUUUUACUCCUUCGAUGCUAAUUUUUCUUAUCUUUGUCUUUCCUUCAGAAAUGUAUAUGAAAGCAUUUAAGCAAUCGUUCAACCGUAUUCGAAGACGUGCUCCUCCCUAA